CGCGUGGCGGCGGCGGCGGCGGCGGGAGCAGCGCGGCCCCAUGGAGCUGCUGAAGAAAUGGCUGGGCCACCCCGAGGACAUCUACCACCUGCUGCGGUUCAAGAUGGGCGGCUACCGCGCCGUGAUGCCGCCGCUCGACACGGACUCGCUGGGACCCGGCCUGCGCGCCUGCUACCGCUACCUCAACCAGACCAGCCGGAGCUUCGCCGCCGUCAUCCAAGCGCUCGACGGCGAGCUGCGACAUGCUGUGUGUAUAUUCUACCUAGUUCUCCGUGCCCUGGACACCAUAGAGGAUGACAUGACCAUCAGCUUGGACAUAAAGGUCCCAAUGCUGCACGAGUUCCAUUCCUAUCUCUAUCAGCCGGAGUGGAAAUACAUGGAGAGCAAGGAGAAGGACCGGCAGGUGCUUGAGGACUUCCCAACGAUUUCCUCAGAGUUUCGGAACUUGUCAAAGGUGUAUCAGGAGGUGAUUUCAGAUAUUUGUCACAAGAUGGGUGUUGGGAUGGCAGAGUUCUUGGAGAAGAAGGUGGACUCUAAGCAGGAGUGGGAUAAGUACUGUCACUAUGUUGCUGGGCUGGUAGGGAUAGGCCUCUCCCGUCUCUUCUCUGCAUCAGAGCUAGAAGAUCCUAUCGUUGGACAAGACACAGAGCUAGCAAAUUCCAUGGGCCUCUUCCUGCAGAAAACCAACAUCAUUCGUGACUAUUUGGAGGAUCAGAUGGAGGGAAGGGAAUUCUGGCCCAGAGAGGUUUGGAGCAGAUACGUCAAGAAGCUCUCGGAUCUUGCCAAACCAGAGAACAUUGAUAUGGCUGUCCAGUGUCUGAAUGAGCUGAUCACCAAUGCUCUCCAGCAUGUCCCUGAUGUUCUCACGUACCUAUCUCGCCUGAAAAACCAAAGUGUGUUCAACUUCUGUGCUAUCCCUCAAGUGAUGGCUAUUGCCACUCUGGCUGCCUGCUAUAACAACAAGCAGGUGUUCAGGGGUGUAGUGAAGAUCCGGAAGGGACAAGCUGUCAAUCUAAUGAUGGAUGCCACAAACAUACAGGCUGUCAAAGCCAUCAUGUACCAGUAUGUGGAAGAGAUCUACCAGAAGAUACCAAGCACAGACCCUUCGUCUAACAAGACGCAGCAGAUCAUUGCCUCCAUCCGCACCAUGAGCUUGCCCAAUGGCCCCAUGGCAUCGCGUCACCACUACUCCCCCAUCUACUUGUCAUGCGCCAUGCUCCUGGCAGCCCUCAGCUGGCAGUACCUGAGCACCGUGUCGAAGGCUGCUGAGGAGUACGUCCAGACGGGCGAGAACUGAGGGCAAAGGGGUGGUGGGAGAGACGUUUGACGGAUGGGCAGCGGAGGGAGGGUGCUCUUUGUCCCUUUCCCAUGGGGAUGGCUGAACGGCAGGAUCCUCAUGGGGCCCUUGUGCUGGGAAGAGGAUGGGACGCUGGCAGGCAGUGCUGGGCUGGAGCCUGGGGUGAUGGUGUGGCGUUGCCAGACUCUGCUCCUCACCUCUCUUGCUGUCUGGUUGGAUGGUUACAAAUGCCAAUUGGAGUCUUAUUGUUUGAGGUUCAUAUAUAUGUAUUAAUAUAUAUAUAUAUAUACACACACACACAUAUAUAUAUAUAUAUAUAUUAUUUUUUUCUCCUUUCCGGAUGGACAGUUUAUCUGAAUUUUUGGUUAGAAUGGUUUUAAGUAGAAACCCCAGUUGCCUCUUUAAUUGCUUAGGAUUUGACACCCCCUCCCCAAUUCAAAGCAAUGUGGUGGGAGCCUUUGGGUUUUGCCUCCCCUCUUGACACAGCCUCUUCCCUGUUGCCUCUGGUGCAUGCUCUGCACUGGAAGGACAUGGAGGGCUCUUGUGUCAGCCAGGAAAUUUAUACAUUUAGUUACACAAGGGAAAGUGCUGGCUGUUUUGUAGUCCCUGGUCUCGGCUGGUUAUUGUCCAGCAGCUUGUAAAGGAGCAGAGGCAAUCUUCAUGUUUCUGUUCUUGAGCUGAAGGGGACUGUUAGGCCUGAAACAGAUGAUCUUUUAUGUUUGAUACCUUAGAGGUGCAAUGACUCUACCCACUUUAUAUUGUGUUCCUGGCUGACAGCCACCUAUUCCAUCUCCUGCUGUCUAACAUUGUGCACUUGCAAAGCUUUGUAUUUUAGCAGCUGCGGAGGCAGUGAUGUGGGAGGAAGUGAAGGGAGCCUAUGUAGCUCUGAGCUAAUAAUCCUGUGCCUAACUUGAGUGCAGUCACAUAUCCUCCCCUGUGUGGUCUGGGCUCUGCACUGCUCCUCCAGCUCAUCCUAGGGGUUGGGCAAGGGGUGGGGGAAGGGUGGUCCCGGGCCUGCGGCAGGCAAGGCAACAUGGAGUAGGGAGAUGCUGCCCAAACCAUCGCAGCAGAGCUGGAUGUCUCUGCAAAGUGGAGAGAUGAGGAUUCACACCAAGUUGUCCUGCAUGGAAAUAAGGGAGGCUUUUAGGGGUCUUUUGAUACUGGCUGCCCUGAAAACCAUCUGUGGUUACUCCAGGGCUGGGAAUGCUGGAGACAUUGAGGGCCACUGGGGCAGGUUCCCUGGCUUGCUUGGCUCCAGCUUGUGAUGCUUGAGGUCAAUCAGAUGUAUAAAACUGGAAGAACCUUCCACUGCUUUUUGAAACAGAUUAGGCUGGUUUUACUUCAAACAGGCUUUAUUCCUUUCAGGAAUAGCAGCGGAGGAAAGAGUAAAUACCUUUUUAAAAGGGAAGUCUUGUUUUUCUUGAGGAGGAUUUUUGUCUGCAGUGUGCUUACUCCCUCUUUCUGCUGCUUUGGGUAUGGGAUGAGCCUGUGUCCUGGUGCAGGAUGGCACACAACCUGCCACGUGAAGUUAGCUGGCCUUUGGAAGGCCAACUCCCCCAUGAGCAGACUGUUACUUAAAGGGAAGGGAUCCUCUACUGUACAAGUACUGGUGUAGAUAGUUUUAAGCUGUUGUUCAAAAAAAGAAAAAAACCUGCGGUAGCUCUUUGUGCAGCUUCCUGUCUUGUUAAAAUAAAAAAAAAUUCUUUGGUAAAAAAGGAAAA